AUGGCUGCUCGUCUUGAUGAAGUAAUUGAUUUAUCUGAUUCUUUUGUUUUGGCGGAUCAUCGUGCUUUAAAUAAUGAUGUGAUUGAAUUAGAUACUGACGACUCUGGUUUGAUUGAAUGCGACACAAACGAUUCCGUUGUUGAACUAGUAGAAAUACCCAAUUCACUUACAAUAACUGAAGUUCGACAAGCUGUCCAAUCAAGAAAACCAGACAAAAAGAAAGGAAAUAGCCCUUUGGGAUACACUUCCAAUAAAUAUAAGACUGAGGUGAAAAAGUCAAAAAUAAAUGAUAAGCUGAAUUCUAAUGAAACACAGAUGAAAUUUGGUGAAUGCCCUAUUUGUUUUGACUUACUGGGUCAAAAUCCUUUAGCUUCAACAAAAUGUGGUCAUGUCUACUGCAUGAAAUGUAUUGAGCGAUAUCUGCAAUUUGAUAAAAAAUGUCCUACUUGCAGACAGAUCUUAAGAGGAAAAACAGCAUAUCAUCCAUUGUAUUUAAAUAGAUAA